AUGGGCCCCUUUCCGCCCAGUAAAAGCGGGCACGCGUACGUCCUUGUGAUGCAGGACGUAUUUUCUAAGCGGAUUGAGUGUCGUCCCCUGCGUAAGGCAAAUGGUAAAAAUAUUUGUGAAGCUCUUGAGGAACUAAUUAUCUUUCGGUGGGGUGCGCCGCAUAUUCUAUUAACCGACAACGGCACCGAGUUUUUAAACAAAGAUUUAAAGUCGUUCACCGAAAAAUAUCGUAUCGAACACGCUACCAUUCCGCCGUACCACCCGCAGGCUAAUCCCGUUGAGAGAGUUAAUCGCGUUGUCAAAACUAUGAUUACUGCCUUUAUCGGCAACGACCACCGUGAGUGGGACGUACACCUGUCAGAAUUUCGUUUCGCUUACAACACAGCCUUCCAUACGUCACUACAAACCACCCCUGCGUAUCUAAAUUUUGGCCGAGAGCCGCAGCCAGUUAACACGUAUCGUGUCAAUCACGAGACGCCCGUGGAAAUCGAGGACUCCAGCCGAGAAUCUUGGAAAGCUCGCGUGGAAAAGUUGAAAACCUUGCGCGAUUGGAUCCGCGAGAAUCUUGAGGAAGCGCAUAACAAGCAGGCUCAUUAUUAUAAUUUGCAUCAUAGGGAUAAAGUUUAUUCGGUUGGUGAUCGCGUCUUCAAACGACAUCAUGUAUUGUCGUCCGUGGCUCAUCAUAUAGCCGCCAAGCUUUCGCCGAAGUAUCACGGUCCCUUCACCAUUGGUAGAGUUUUGUCGCCCGUUACCUACGAGCUCAUCGAUGACGCGGGCCGAUCGCUCGGGAAGAUCCAUGUGAAAGAUCUCAAACCCCACGUGCCAUAA